AUGUUGUUCAUUGAGUCUCUCAGUUUGUCCAUUAGACUCUGGGUGGAAACUGGAGGACAGCCUCAGUUGUACCCAGCAAUUGACAGAAGGUAUGCCAGAGGUGGAGCUUGUGGUGGAAAUCUGACUCAGUCACAAGGGGAGUUUUUCAGCCCCCGAUACCCCAGUAAUUAUCUUGAUAACACACACUGCACAUGGACCAUGCAGGCUGGAGAACUGCAGGUGGUUUCGUUAAACUUCACAUUUGUCAAUAUGGAGUCAUGCUGUGACUUCAUUCGUGUCUACAAUGGUCCGACUGCACAGCAUUCACUUUUGGGCUCUGUGACAGGAAAUCAGAUCGCUUCAUUCAACUCCAGCUCCAGAUACAUGACAGUCGUUUUCUCCACUGACGGCAGUGUGACUGGACGAGGCUUCCGGGCUCAAUGGUCUUUCAAAUCUCAAUAUUCCUGCCGGUAUAACUGUGGCUACAAUUUUGGCUCAUGUUCCUGCUCUAGCUCCUGUCAGUACUACGGAAACUGCUGUCAUGAUUAUUAUGAUUAUUGUAACUACAUGACUGUAGCACCAACACCAGGUGGAGCUUGUGGCGGAAAUCUGACUCAGUCACAAGGGGAGUUUUUCAGCCCCCGAUACCCCAGUAAUUAUCUUGAUAACACACACUGCACAUGGACCAUGCAGGCUGGAGAACUGCAGGUGGUUUCGUUAAACUUCACAUUUGUCGAUAUGGAGUCAUGCUGUGACUUCAUUCGUGUCUACAAUGGUCCGACUGCACAGCAUUCACUUUUGGGCUCUGUGACAGGAAAUCAGAUCGCUUCAUUCAACUCCAGUUCCAGAUACAUGACAGUCGUUUUCUCCACUGACAGCAGCGUGACUGGACGAGGCUUCCGGGCUCAAUGGUCUUUCAAAUCUCAAUAUUCCUGCCGGUAUAACUGCGGCUACAAUUUUGGCUCAUGUUCCUGCUCUAGCUCCUGUCAGUACUACGGAAACUGCUGUCAUGAUUAUUAUGAUUAUUGUAACUACAUGACUGUAGCACCAACACCAGGUGUAGCUUGUGGCGGAAAUCUGACUCAGUCCCAAGGGGAGUUUUUAAGCCCCCGAUACCCCAGUAAUUAUCUCAAUAACAUACGCUGCACAUGGACCCUGCAGGCUGGAGAACUGCAGGUGGUUUCGUUAAACUUCACAUUUGUCGAUAUGGAGUCAUGCUGUGACUUCAUUCGUGUCUACAAUGGUCCGACUGCACAGCAUUCACUUUUGGGCUCUGUGACAGGAAAUCAGAUCGCUUCAUUCAACUCCAGCUCCAGAUACAUGACAGUCGUUUUCUCCACUGACGGCAGCGUGACUGGACGAGGCUUCCGGGCUCAAUGGUCUUUCAAAUCUCAAUAUUCCUGCCGGUAUAACUGUGGCUACAAUUUUGGCUCAUGUUCCUGCUCUAGCUCCUGUCAGUACUACGGAAACUGCUGUCAUGAUUAUUAUGAUUAUUGUAACCACAUGACUGUAGCACCAACACCAGCUCAAUAUACCUGCCGGUAUAACUGCGGCUACAAUUAUGGCUCAUGUUCCUGCUCUAGCUCCUGUCAGUACUAUGGAAACUGCUGUCAUGAUUAUAAUGAUUAUUGUAUCACCAGGCCAACUCCACCAGACUAUAAUACUUGCAGGAAUCGUUGUGGUUAUGGUGGUGGUCUCUGUUCCUGCACCAGCUCCUGUCACUACGGUGGAAAUUGUUGCCACGAUUAUAACUAUUAUUGUACCAACUUUUCUGUAGCAGCAACAACAGGUGGAGCUUGUGGAGGAAAUCUGACUCAGUCACAAGGGGAGUUUUUCAGCCCCCAAUACCCCAGUAAUUAUCCCAAUAAUGCACGCUGCACAUGGACCCUGCUGGCUGGAGACCUGCAAGUGGUUUCGUUAAACCUCACAUUUGUCGAUAUGGAGUCAUGCUGUGACUUCAUUCACGUGUACAAUGGUCCAACUGCACAGCAUUCACUUUUGGGCUCUGUGACAGGAAAUCAGAUUGCUUCAUUCAACUCCAGCUCCAGAUACAUGACAGUCGUUUUCUCCACUGACGGCAGCGUGACUGGACAAGGCUUUCGGGCUCAAUGGUCUUUCAAAUCUGCUCCGAUGUGCAUGGGCCGAUGUGGCACCAGCAACAGCAGAUGCUCCUGUGAGAGUUCAUGUGAACAAUACGGAAGAUGCUGUCAUGAUUAUUAUGAUUACUGUUCCUAUGAGAGAUCAGCUCCUGUACCAACCUGUGGGGGGAGUUACUACAGCUCAGGCUUCAUCUUCAGCCCUUAUUACCCUGAUUAUUACCAUGACAACGCGUACUGUGUAUGGCAGCUCCAGGCUCCAGCAGGACAGACCAUCUUCCUCUCAUUCCAGGACUUUGAUCUGGACCGCUGCUGCGACUGUGAUUAUGUAAAUGUGUAUGAUGGUCCAUCCACUGGGUCCCACUUGUUAGGAAAGCUCUGUCACAAUGACACAAACCAUCUGGACUUCCAGUCGUCCUCGUCCUUCAUUACCGUACUGUUCAGGAGUGACUACUCAGGGGUUGGGCGUGGCUUUAAAGCCUUCUUUAGCUCCUCCCUCAGCCCCAACACAGGCAGAGUGGAUUGCUCCUCUGACUGGAUGAACAUCGCCAUCCAAAAAUCAUAUUUGGACUCAUUGGGCUUCAACUGGCAUGACCUUUAUUUGGAUGACCAUGGCUGCAGACCUUCAACUGACUACACCUAUGUAACCUUCAACUUUCCGCUCAAUAGUUGCAGCACCAGGAGAAGGACCCAGAAUGGCCGUAUUAUUUACACCAACAAUGUUCGGGCAGCUCAAUCAAUGUCAGGCGAGAUCACGCGACAUAAUGGACAAUUCCUGAUGUUUGUGAGCUGUGUCAUGGAACGUGAUGCUUCCGUCGGUACACUCUAUGAAGCCAAAGAAAUUUCAAAUGCAAACAUCACUGGAACGGGUCGGUUCAACACCACCAUGUCCUUUUACCCAUCCCCCAGCUUUUCCUACCCCAUCACAGAAUCUCCUUACAGAGUGAACCUCAAUCAGGAACUGUACGUCCAGGUGCAGCUUACCCGAGCAGACCCAAGUCUCCACCUGUUCAUCGACACCUGUGUGGCCUCCCCCAACAACAAUUUCAACAUCCGCAACUACGACCUUAUACGCAAUGGGUGUGGAAGAGAUAGCAUGGUAUACAUAUACAGAAAUGGAGAUCGUUACUUUGCUCAGUUCAGCUUCCAUGCAUUCAUGUUCCUGCGCACACACAACCAGGUGUUCCUCAGGUGCGACGUCGUAAUCUGCGCUGAUAACGACUAUGGCUCACGUUGUCGCCAAGGAUGUCGUUACCGCAAGAAACGAAGCUUGAUCUCUGAUCACCACACUGAAAUUCUCACCCUUGGGCCAAUCAUUCUGAAAGAUCCAGAGGAAGCUGUGGCUAAAAAAGAAGGAUGA